CGUCCGUGCGAAAUCCUUGCAUAUUCAAUGAAGUACCUGCAAUUACUUGUCGUUUUAUUCGGCUGCUGGCAAACAAAUGCUAGCGUGCCUCAAUUAGAUGGUCGAAUUAUAGGCGGAGAAUUAGCUAAUAUCACCGACCUUCCAUACCAAGUUUCGCUUCGAAAAUACUCAUCUCAUAUAUGCGGAGCCACAAUAUUUCACAAUUUUUACAUAGUAACUGCCGCUCAUUGCGUAUAUAGAUCAUCCGCCUUAAGUUUUAGUGUCAGAGCAGGUACUUCUGAUUUGUAUGUAGGAGGCAUAAUUGUACCAGUAUGUUCAAUAAUCGCUCAUCCAAACUACAAUUCAGAAACGAUGAUAAACGAUAUCGCCUUAGUUAAACUAUGUAACUCUCUUCCAUUCUCUCCAAAAAUCUUACCAAUUACUUUAGCAGGAGCAUUGGACACGGUCGUAGCAGGGACCAAUGCCGUUGUUAGCGGAUGGGGUCUAACAAAAGAAGAUGGAUCUUCUCCGUCGAGAUACUUGAUGAAAGUUACAGUACCGAUAAUUACGAAUAGUCGUUGCGCGUCGUUAUAUAGUCAGGAAAUAGUAAAUAGCGACAUGGUGUGCGCGGGAUAUGUGGGAAGCGGUGGAAAAGAUGCUUGCCAAGGAGAUUCCGGUGGUCCUUUAAUGGCUAAUGGAAAAUUAAUUGGCGUAGUGUCAUGGGGGUAUGGAUGCGGUCAACCAUUCUAUCCAGGCGUUUACACAAAUGUUUCGCAAUUUCGAUCAUGGAUAAAAAAUAUAACAAAUUACUAAAUGUACCUAUUUUACUUUAAUAAAACUGCUUAAUAAUUA